GUUGAAGUUACUCCGCCCUGCACCACUGAAGCCCAACCAUCAGCCCAGAACCGCCCACCAACCCAGAGCUCAGCCUCAGCAGCACAUGCAGCUCCACUGCAUCCCACCUGUGCUGCAGGGAUGGACAAAUCAUCGAGCAACCACACUGCGGAAGCACAGGGAUUAGCUGGGGAUGGGAGCGAGGGGAAACCCCAGUUAGAGAGCAGCUCCAACAUCCUCCAGGUCGACACGCAGAGAUGAAACUUAGAUCUCUGAGGAAAAAAAACUGAAAAAAAAUUAAAUAUAAACAAUUCUAAAGCAAAAAAA